UCGACGGCCUCGCGCGUUUGUUUUGUCGCCGGCGAUCGAUCGAGAUGGAAGAGAUCCCCACCGUCAGCGGUGGCCGUAGAGAAGGAGGACGGCGCAGCAGAGUCAAGCCAAGAGGAUUCAAGACGGGGACAAGGAAGCUCCGGCUGUGCAUCCGUGACGAGCGCGGCAUCAGGAUAUGCGACGACGAGGGCGCCGCCAUGCUGCGGACCACGCCGCUAGGGCGCGAGGUAGCGCUCAAGGAGGACCUGCGGGCGGCCACGAGCAUCUACCACCAGCUCAAGAGCAUGGGCAUGCUCAAGUGGAAGGCCUACAAAGAGCAGCGGCAAACCUUCCGGGGCCUCAUCAGGACCAUCCACCAGGCAGUCACGCGUUACAAGGACCGCCGCCUGGACGCCGGCUUCUUCUACCUGGUGCCGAGAGAGGCGGACCUCACCGUCGAGGUCCGCAGCCACUUGUACCACAUGCCGCUCCGGGAAGCGGUGCGGAGGUGCCGGCUGGAGCUCCAAAAGAGAAGAGACGUUCUUGAAAACAAGAGCAAGGCUGCUUCUUCUUCUCAGGGUCAGGCUCAGGUAUCCGAUGCCGGCACUGCUGGAUGGCUCUCGCCCGCUGCUAGAUUCAUGUUGUGGACGACGCUGUCGUCCGUGGUUCUAGGUUGUAUCAUUGUCCGUAUCUGAAGUUCUGAAUACAAGAGAAGAAACAAAUAAGAGCUGUCAUCCUCAUUGUUUCUUUGGGGUUUCAAAACUGCUCCACGGACGACAUGUACUGUCCGAUUUUCGUCUGAUCCCUACGCAUGUGUGGUGUGGCUGUUUUUAACCGUCGUCCUAGAAUCUUCCAAAAUCUGUCGUACCUAUAGCAAGAUUCUUGGGGUUUAGACACCAUACCAUAUUGGAACACAGUUGAAAUAAUCGUGGGGUUUAGACACUCCCGUACACUUGU